AGACCACUCGCGGCGCCGCGUUUCGGAGCUAUCGCAAAGCCAUGGGUGGCGACGGCGCUGGCAAGGGCCAGCGGUCGCGCUAUGCGUUCAAGGCCUUGUGCCCCAACGAUCUCAUCGCACGCAUGCUGGGCCGAGGCGGCUCCCGCAAGGAUCAGCUGCAAGACGAAACCGGCUGCAAAAUCGUCAUCAGCGGCCGGGACGACUACUUCCCCGGCACCCGGUGGCGAAUUCUCAUCGCUUUCUCCGACUCCCCAGAUGCCUGCCUCGGCGUCCUCGAGCAGUUGAUCAAUGACAUUGUCGAGCUGUCCAAGGAAAAGCCUGGGUUGGAAGCAGAGUUCACAGAUUCUGGCCAGUAUGUUUUUCGCUGCGUGGUCACGAAACAAAUGUCUUCGGCGAUCAUCGGACCAAAGGGCGCCAAUGCCCGAGCGAUCCGCGAGGAUUCCGGAUGCAAGGUCGCGGUCGACUCCAACAUCAUAGGUGGUCACCAGCUGGUGAAGCUCGUCGGGGAGCCACGAGGUCUCAGAGUUGCCAUUGCCAUGGUGAACCGGCAUAUUCAGGACCAGUGUGGCAGCCCCGCCUACUCGGAUUGGGCAAGCGUCAAGUGCUUCGACCGCUCGGGAAAUCCCGUGUACAUGCCUCCUGCGGAGACCUUCGGCAAGGGCGAGCGGGGCGGCCAGCAUGGCCAUGCGAGCCACACGAGCCAGGAGCGAGAGGAUCGAGAGCGCACACCCCGCGGGCAAGGAUCCGCCCGCGGCCGCGCGGCCAUCCCGCCACCUGCAUCCCUGACCAGCCUGAAGCAGCCCGAGUCGGAGGUGGAUGCAGCGUUGCUGGAUGCCCUCAGUCAGACAGCCACCGCCUUUCCUCCAGGUGGGCUUGACAUAGAGUACACCAUCACCUGUGAGCUGCCAAGCGAGAAGGUAGGCCUUCUCAUUGGAAGGAAGGGCGAGGAUGUGCAGAGGAUCCGCAAAAGCACAGGCACCUACGUCCACUUCGACCCGGUGCAAGAUGGGGCGGAGGGGCAGACCCUGGUCAUUCGGGGUCCUCUGCUCCAAGUGUACCGGGCUCACGCAUUGCUGAUGAGGCGCUACCACGAGACACAGGCCGAAGAAGCGCCCAAAAAUGGCAAGGUAUCCAGCAGCAAGACUGGUGGUAUGGGCGGUGGAGCAGAUGCUGGCAUGGGCAGCACGGGUGGCGGCAGCAUGGGCAGUAGCAUGGGCAAAUCGGUGUUCAGCCAAAUGAGUGGCGGUGGCAUGGGCGGCGGCAUGGGCAGCGGCGGCGGUAGCAAGGGCAGCGGCCGUGGGUCGAGCGGCAAGGGUGGUGGUGGCGGCACGGGAGGCAAAUCAGGAGGUAGCAUGGGUGGCAUGGGCGGAAUGGCCGGAGAUGGAGAGCAGCGCGUUCAGGAGCUGGAAAUGCAGCUCCAGCAGCUGCAACAACAGAUGCAGGAAGUGAAGAUGCUGCGCCAGAGCAGCAUGAGCCCACCAGCCCCCGCACCGCCGGCAGCAGCACCCCGCAAAGGGGGCAAGGGCUGGAAGGGCCGCUGAGUCGCCGGCCCCCGAGCGCAAGCUGCAUAUGACCGCUUCACUCAUCGCUUAGCUUAGCUCAAGCACGGCAGCAAAGGGCAAGAGAUAUAAGAAGGCCCUUGCCCUGCAAACUGGGGUGA